AUGGAUAUCGCUUUCACAAUACUAUUCUUGUUUCUAUCAUCGUGGAUCGUUUCUGGCGACAGAAGGUCUAGUAAAAAAGAAUCAGACAUAUGCUUCAGGAGGUGCGCAAAAAUUUUUUCUCCUGUUUGCGGAUCAAAUGACAGGACUUACCCGAAUGAAUGUCUUCUGAAAGUGGAUAUCUGUAGAAGUGGAGGAACAAUAUCCAAAGCAUACUAUGGACCAUGUUUGAAAAACACAGCGUGUCCAGCAUUCUGUCCUUCAGAAUAUAAUCCAGUAUGUGGAUCAAAUGGAAAAACUUAUGCUAAUUAUUGCAGCUUACGCUUUGCUGAUUGUGAAUUUGAGACCGACGAGGAAAUAACAUUAAAACAUAACGGAACAUGUAAAGUGGAAAACACAUCGUGUCCAGCAUUCUGUUCUUCAGAAUAUAAUCCAGUAUGUGGAUCAAAUGGAAAAACCUAUGCUAAUUAUUGCAGCCUACGCUUUGCUGAUUGUGAAUUUGAGACCGACGAGGAAAUAACAUUAAAACAUAACGGAACAUGUAAAGAAAAGUGUCAAGAAUUUUGCUAUCUACUCUACGCUCCAGUAUGUGGAUCAGAUGGCAAAACAUAUUCCAAUGAAUGUGAGCUAAGACGAACUGCUUGUAAGAAUGAAGAAAAUAUAACAGUGGUCCACCAUGGACGGUGCAAACCAAAUUGUCCAGAUGUCUGCUUUCUAAUAUACGCUCCAGUAUGUGGAUCAGAUGGAAAAACAUAUUCUAAUUUAUGUCAUCUGAGGGUUGCUGCUUGUAAGAAUGAAGAAAAUAUCACGGCAGUCCACGAUGGACCGUGCAAACCCAGUUGUCCAUCAAUAUGCCCUGCAGUAUACGCUCCAGUGUGUGGCUCAGAUGGAGAAACAUAUCCCAAUGAAUGUGUGUUGCACGUGACUGCUUGUAAGAAUGAAGAAAAUAUCACUGUAGUUCACGCCGGAAUGUGCAAACCGAAGUGUCAAGAAAUUUGUCCAGAAAUAUACACUCCAGUAUGUGGUUCAGAUGGAAAAACAUAUUCCAAUGAAUGUGAGCUAAAGUUGGCUGCCUGUAAGAACCAAGAAAAUAUCACGAUUCUCCACGACGGACCAUGCAAACCAGAGUGCCCAGAAAUUUGUCCUGUAAUACUCGCUCCAGUAUGUGGUUCAGAUGGGGAAACAUAUCCCAAUGAAUGCAUUUUGAGCGUGACCGCUUGUAAGAAUGAUGAGAAUCUCAGAAUUGUUCACCGAGGACCUUGCAGACCAGAAUGCCCAAAGCUUUGCCCUCUGAUAUACGCUCCAGUAUGUGGAUCAGAUGGGAAGACGUACUCAAAUAAAUGCCAGUUUAAUGCAACGGCUUGUAAAAGUGAGGCCGACAUUUUCAUUGCUUACCCGGGAGCUUGCAGGCCCAACGAGUGUCCAGAGUCUUGCGAAUUAAAAUUCUCGCCCGUGUGUGGCUCAGAUGGAAAUACUUAUCCUAAUGAAUGUGUGUUGGAAUCAACUGCUUGUAAAAGGGGAGAAGAUAUUACCUUCGUUCGUAAUGGGACUUGUAGUCCUUUAUAGAGUGGGAAAACGACGUGAUGACUGAUAAAGAUCAUAAAGUCUUGACAAAUGCAAUUGGUACAUUCAUUUUUGUAAUAAUAUACUGCAUGUAGACAAUCGUAUAGCUAAAUAGUUUUUGUUAUACAACAAACUUUAAUGUCCAUAAGAUGCGGAAAUUUAGUGAUGUGAUGUGGUUUUGUGGUUAUGUAAAAUAUCAUUAGCAUUUAG